CGUCUACGUAGAGAACCGGCCUCCCUUGUGGACGACAUGCUAUUCUGCAGAGGAAGCAGAUAAGACUUCGUUGUCAUGCUGCUGGCGAUGGCGUUACCAAACUCCGACUCUCAGGCGGCGGCGGCGGAGUGUACGGUGGAGGUCAAGUGUGUGAAAUGCUAUUCCUGCGGAUUUUCAGAGGAUUGCACCCCUGCUUACAUUUCUCGAGUUCGUGAUCGCUUCCAUGGGCGGUGGAUCUGUGGGCUCUGCAUCGAGGCGGUGAAAGACGAAGUUGUGAGGUCGGGGACGCUUAUCUCCACCGAAGAAGCGCUGAUCCGACAUGCGAGUUUCUGCAGAGAGUUCAGAUCGACGAACCCUCUGGAUGAAACAGAGUACCCCAUCUCCGCGAUGGGGCGACUACUACGGCGGAGGUUGGAUUCUCCCAGAGUGCUCCGGUCGAAUUCAAGCCGUGUAAUCAAACUCAAACCGAUUGUCGACAUCGGUGGUUCGGCCAGACUCCAACGUUCCGGGAGUUGCUUUCCUUCCUUGUCUAGUUAAACAAAAAAACAGAGUAACAUGUUCAAGCUUCUAACUUGCUUUAAUGGGUGGUUUCAAUUCGACUUCUCCCAUGAUUUUCAUCCCAUUUAAACAAAUGGGUUGGGAAUCUGAGGAGUAAACUGACAAUUUCUAGCGUUCUGAUUCGUAAAUUUCAUCUUAGUUUUCGUGUUUGUAAAUCGUAACGAAACAGAGUAUGUUUGUGUUUGCUUGAAAAGUUGAAAG